UGGCUGUGUGUCUGGUAGUAAAUAACGAUCGGCACACAGUCAGUGACGGUCUCUUCUGGUUUCAGCGAUAAUGUUAUGUUUAUCAAAAAGAGCGAAGUGAUUAUGUACAUAGCUAAAAAGCUGGAUUUGUUUAGAUGAAGAGCUUUUCAGAAUGGCCGCUGUAGCAGCUUAAUUUGCUAUUUUUUGGACAAGUUAUGUCGUGCUAGGCUUUGAUUCCAUGGCAACUUUUCUUUUGUGGACAUGCCAAGUCAACUCUGGAGGCCUAGUUAUAUUACAGUAAGACCCAAGUAACCCAACAUCCAGACAAGUCAGUCCAGCUAGAUUUUAAAGAGCUCAGUCAGAAGUAGACAUAAAUCAGACCUCCUGACAUCCUGUGCUUUUAUGAAUCACCCGUGACAUCCUAAAGCUACAAUGAAAUCCAGUGGACCUGUGUUCACAAGGCAGAAUCCCUUCCAGCCAGCAUCCAGGUUGGGGAAGACACACUAUCACCCAUCCCGCAAGCAGCCCCUGUCAAAGAAGGAGAAAAAAACAACAUUGAGUCCUGUACGUUGUAAACAGCGAUCCAGUCCACAGCUUCACUCUGUGAACCCAGAGAGCCAACGGGAGAAAUGUGAACACCGUUUCGCUGCCACGGAUGGACAACCUGUUUUUGCAGAGUCCUGGCCCUCCACUGAAAAUGAAUUGUCUCCUGCAAGCACUACAUCCACGUCUGACAUGGAUACGCCAAAGCCAGGAGAUGAGCAGGAUUCAGUGCUGGCAAAGUACAUUGAUCGCUUUCGCCAUGGUCGACCACAGAGUCGAGUGGAGCGCCAGCAGAUUGAUUCUGCCAUUGGUGAAAAUCAGGUGCCUUUUUGGUGGAUGUCACCCUCAUCUUUACCCUCCAGUUCAACACCUGCUAAAACAACAGACAAAGAUAUGCCUCUCAAUGAUGAGCAUGGAUUUGCCAUUUUCAGUCCAGCUGGACAGCGUCGACAUGACAGAUCCCUCUCGCCAUGCAGAGGAUCCCUUAGUAUUUUGUCAGACACCUUACAGGGUGAAUUCGAUGACACAGAGAUACUGCACCUUCAAGAAAGGGCCAACAGACUUCUGCUGAGAGAUGAAUGCACUCUGGGGGAUGGAUCUGUACAUGUCAGCUCAGAUGGCCUGGGAUGCUCAGAUUUCUCCUCUCCAGUCAGCGUAUAUGAGCCAGUGCGAAGACCUUUGAUUCCCAAUAUGAUAAAAUCCACUGCUAAGGCCAGCUUAGACUCAGAUCAGAUUGCAUCCUCCCAUAAGGCCUCUGUUGUUCCUUCUCUGGUGCCGCCCACACGCCCAGAGGAGGACAUCUUGUUCCAGUGGCGCUUAAGGAGAAAGAUUGAGCAGGCCAGGGACUGGCCCCAGUCGGUGCAACACUCUAGUCUUCAUGGUCCCACAUUUAGCUGGCAUGCCCCCAGCUUAAACAAUCCCUCAGCCAGUGGACAGGCUUACAAGCAACAGCAGAGUACUCCUGAACUCUCACAAAAAGCUAAACAUCCCCACAUCGCUGCUCCACAGCCAGAAGCCAAAGAAGCCCAUACAUUAUGUCCCCCAGCUUCAGGUCCACCUCCCUUCCCUGCCUUUGUUGUCUCUGGCUCUUCAGUCUCCCAACCCCAGGCUAUUGCCCAUGUUCCUGCCCACAUGCAUUUACUCUGUGAUGUCUUGCCCUGUCCUAUCAAGUCAUCUGAUGUUAGCAGGCAGCAAAACAUUUCACAAAGUAUCGAUGAGUCUCACGCCAAAGCUGUCCAUAAAAAGACACAAGUCACCAAAAACUCAAAGAAUAACUUCACUGAUGAGCCCAUUCAUGAACAUACGCCAUCCCCACCACCUGGUUCAUCUGCAGUUACAGAAGGUGAAGGGCCUAGUCACCACAUAAGGCCUGAGAUGGACAAGAAAGAGAAAGCCCUGACAAAAGAAUCAGAGAGGAAGACACCGAUGUCCUCCAGAAGGCAAAAGAAAUCAAGGUAUACUGUGGACAGGGAACAUGCUGAUGUCCCUGCCUCUACAAACAGGAGUUCUUCACAUCAAAGACUUCCCAAAAAGGUUGUGCCAUCAGCAGAGCAGCAGCAACAGAGAGGAAGCCAGGUUUCCAGUGAGAGAUGCACUGGUGAUUAUGCACCACCACCCUCUCCGAUCCACAGUGUCUUAGGACAGGUAGUUUCAGAGGUAUUGUUCCCUACGGUGGAUUCAUCUCCUGCACGAAGGACCCCUGUUUCAUCGGUCUCUCCUCCUUGUACCACUCCUGUACCUCCACAAUCCUCAAUUCCUACAUGUGAUGCACAGAACUCUAUGGAGGUCAUUUCACAGCUGCUGCAAGAGGCUGAAGAUUCAGAUGAAAAAGAGUUUGAAGAUGACCCUUUAUUACAAGUCCUUCGCAAACAGAGAACAUGGGUAAAGGAGCAGAUCAGUGAAGUGGACUCUAUGUUGAAUGAAUUCUUCGAUGAGCAAAGAGUUACCUGAACAUUGGCAAGAAGCACUUGAUGUAGACACUUUUUAAAUUUUUUAUAAAGAAAUAAAGUUUAUUUUUAGAAGAAAUAUUUCCACAUUAAAGAGUUUGGAGACACAA